AUGGUCGUGGACGAUGCUUUGCCGAGUUAUACGAGGGAAGACUCCAACCUUCAAAUUCGGUCUGACGGGCCUGGGGGAGCCCCCUCACACGAGUGUUCGCUCGAGAGCAAGGGGAAGAAGUGGCUGAAUCUCAUUAUCAAGAAUAGCCGUGCAGCGAGCACACGAUCACUGCCUAUAUUCAAUGACGGAGACGCCAUUACUGGCACAGUAGAGGUAGAACUGGACAAGCCCGACGGUAUCAAGUCCGUAGCAGUAGCGCUUCUGGGUGGAACGACCUCCGUGGGCCAAGAGGAAGUUCGUUUCCUAACUGAGGAACAGCUCUUGUGGGCGUCAACCGCCAAUGAUGGCCCACUUCGCGGACAAAACUCGUGGCCAUUCUCUAUCACCAUACCUAGUGAACUUCCUGUGGCUUCAAAAUAUAAUGGCAGGCCCGGAGAGAAAUAUCGACUUCCACCUACUUUCUCCGAAAGAGCAAGCCCUGUGUAUAUCGAUUACAAGAUCGUCGUGCGAGUGAAGCGAGGGCUUUUACGAGCGCAGUCAAUCCUUACUCAGACAAUCGGGUUUAUACCACAAAGCACCGGGGAAGUCCCUUCAUCCCAUAGGCAAAAGGCAUACGCUGCCGGAGCCCCAUUGCCCGGUCCUGACGUUGACCCUGAAGGAUGGAAAGUGUUACCAAGAAUCCCAAUGAAGGGUACGCUCUUCGGUUCAAGAGAAGUAGAAAUCCAAUGCCAGUUAGCUCUUUCAGUGCCAUUGACGUACGCCGUAGGAAGCCGCGUUCAUCUCUUUCUCACAUUAUCCGGCCAGGACCAACAGGCUAUCGACCUCCUAUGCAGCCACGGUGCCAGCAGAAUUUUCCUGGUUCGAUCAGUAAUGGCCGUAUCCCCCGGCAGUAAGUCAAGGAGUGACAACACCUUCAAAACAAGCUCUAGUAGGGCUCUUAGAACGCUGCAAGGAGAAAUUGAGGUCAAACAUGCAUCCACACCGACAUUCAAUUUCCCAACUGUGUCCAUUACCGUCAGUCAGUUCCUUGAGAGGUCCCAUGUCUUCCCCUGCUGA